UUCUAAACGACACCAACAUUUCCGAUUAUGAAUGGACACUUGAAGGCGUCACGACCUUUAACCCAGGUUGACAGUCAUGCGUUGAAGUACUAGUGUAGCGGUGUCAGUCUGUGGCUCGUUGGAUCAGCGAACCCCGGUGCCGAGUGUCGACACCUAAGCCGCGGAGCUGCCGGUGGCUAUAACGACUAACCGGAGCCACAUGGAGCCGUUUCUGACGAGCUGCUGCCGGACCGUCAAGGCGGGUUUGGAUCAGGCCAGACCUCAGGUGCAUGUGGUUCUGGGCAAUGAAGCAUGUGAUGUGGACUCCAUGGUGUCAGCUCUGGUCUACGCCUACUUCCUUCACAAGACUGUGGGUGGGGAGACAGUUCACAUCCCGCUGCUGAACAUCAGACAGUCGGACCUGGUCCUGCGCUCCGACAACGUCUUCCUACUGAAUCAGACUGGCCUGUCUCCGGACCUCCUCGUGUUUCGAGACCAGAUGGACCUGCCGGCGCUGCAGCGAGCAGGACGCCUCCGUCUGACUCUGGUGGACCACAACGUCCUGCCCAGUUCCGACAGAGACCUGGAGGGGGUGGUGGUGGAGGUGGUGGACCACCACCUGCAGGAGCGGGACCCCUCCACCUGCUCUGUCACUGUGGAAACAGUGGGCUCCUGCUGCACCCUGGUGGCAGAGCGAGUCCUGCAGAAAGCGCCGGAUAUUUUGGACCAGCAGUUGGCUCACCUUCUCUAUGCUGCGGUUCUUCUGGACUGUGUCAACAUGGCACCCGCCGCUGGGAAGGUGACGCCCAAAGACAGUCAGGUCGCAGCAGCACUGGAGAUGCGCUUCCCAGGGCUGCCUCAGAGGGGCGCUCUCUUCCAGGCUCUGCAGAAGGCAAAGUUUGACGUUUCAGGUUUGAACACGCAGCAGAUGUUGCUGAAGGACAUGAAGGCCGUGUCUGGAAGUUUAAGUCUGGUGAUUUCCGUCCUCUACGUCCCACUGGAGGACUUCCUGCGGCCGCCCGAUGUGGAGGACGAGCUCACGGCCUUCUGUCGGCAGCUGAGUUUGGACCUGCUGGUUCUGAUGACUAUCUCGUUCACUGACACCCAACAGCCAGUCAGAGAGCUCGCCGUGUUCAGCCACAGCGCCACCUGCAGGGACCAGCUGAGUCAGCACCUGGAGCAGGCCCAGAACCCAGCGCUGAACCUCAGUCCGCUCAGCAGCCCUCAUCCUCACAUCACAGCGUAUCACCAAGGAAACAUGCUGGCGUCUCGGAAGAAAGUCCUCCCGCUCAUCAAAGACUUCCUGCGAGAGGAGGACGGAGGUGGGGACAUGGAGGAGGACUCCCGGGUGCCCCCCACCCCCAUGAACAGCCUGGUGGACGGGUGUCCUCUGGACGGGGGCCUGCCGGGCAUCAGCGCUCAGGCCCUGCAGGAGAAGUUUUGCAAGAUGGCUGACAGACCCGACCUCUGACCAUGGCAAAGUUGCCGACUCGGCUCUUCCCGUGGUGACAUCAACACACUUCCUGUCCUUGUCUCGUGAGUGUGGUCAUGUGACGAACGCUGGUGGUUGGUCAGCAGUCCGUCCGUCCCGCUCAGUACCAGGACUUUCAGCGCCGCCCUGACAGGACAGCAGAAGUUGUGACCUUUGACCCCACUGCUCUGAAACCCUUUACAUGUGAUGACUGCCGCCUUUUGGUGGCAGAAGGUACUACACGCAUGCACAUCUGUGACGCGUACACUCAGUGUUGGACUGGAACCAAAGCUUGAGCAGAUCCGGUCGUGAGCAACAGGACAAUCAUGUUUUUACAAACUCAUUAAACUCUAAAAUCAA